AUGGCAGAUUUAGUGGCAUAUCCUAUGAACGGUGGACAUGGCCUCUACAGCUACAGCAAAAACUCUACUUUUCAGAGAAAAGCUAUAGAUGCUGGCAAGGAACUGAUCAAAGAAGCAAUUUCUGAAAAGCUUGAUAUCAAAAGCUUCUCUUCUUCAAACACCUUUCGAGUUACAGAUUUAGGCUGCUCUGUUGGGCCUAACACAUUCCAUGCGGUGCAAAACAUAGUGGAUGCUGUGGAGCAAAAGUAUCACACAUGGCACUUAAGUAUUAUAUGUUUUAGCAAAACAGUGGGUCUCACUUAUGCCAUAUCAGCGUUUUUAACGGAUUGUUUGACUACUUGA